AUGUCCGACUCAACCCUUUAUCUCUACACCUCCUUGACGGCGGGUUCGUCCCAUAUUGUCACCGCCACUGCCCGCAUAGAGACUAUCCUCAAGGCAAACAAGCUUCCUUUCCGAGCCAUUGAUGUUGCCACAGAUGAAGCCGCCCGCAAGCUGUGGGGUCGCCGUUCCAAGGGAAAGAAGUUGCCAGGGCUUGUGAAGUACGGUAACAUAGUAGGAGACCUCGAAGAAAUCGAAGAAUGGAACGAAUUCGGCGAGCUGCGCAUGGUCGUAAACAGUGCCCCAGAUCUGGAUGGCAUGCCAGCAACAAGUUACCCGGUCGCUGCACCCUCCCCGCCCAAAGAGCCCGAACCCAAGACCCCCAAGCCUGUCACAAUCAAAAUCCAAAGUCCGCCCGCAACAAAGCCCGACGAAAGCGAAAAGAAAGAUACCUCCGCCGUGCUUGCACUGCGACAAGCUAGUGCUGAAGCUGCCUCGAAGGCAAAAAGCAAGACCGACGAGAAGAAAGAGCCGGAGACGAAACCUGAGGAUGAGCAAUCAUCAUCUUCUAGCCUGACCGCUAAGCAUCGUAAGGGCUCUGUUGCGCCCGAGCUCCCUGACACAGCACCUGAGUCGCCUAAUGGUCCCAAGAGACCCCCUCUUGUGCCUGAAGUUGCGGCUAUGUCAUCGGCGAAUUUCCAUGCUGAUAAUGCUGAGAUGAUGGGUCUUGUGGAACAUCAUCGUGGAUUGAUCAUCUCGGCGGACAACAAGGAAGAGCAAGAUAAGGCAGUGCAUGAGAUUCGGGCAUCCAUUUCGUCGGAGGAUCCUUCGGGAUCUGUGGCUGCUUUGCGGAAGGAGGCGGCGGAAAUCAAGCGUCCGAGUGAGACUAUUGAGGAGAGUCCGGUCACGGAGGAUGUUGUUGCUGAGGAGAAGAAGGAGGAACCCAAGGAGGAUGUUGUUGCUACUGAGAAGGAAGAGACCAAGGAAGCUCCUGUGACUAAACCUGAAGAGGAGAAUAUUGAGACAACUGAGAAGGUCGAGACAGAGCCUGAGACUUAA